AUGACCAUCGAGACGGGAAUUGUUCGGGGACACGUCAUCGCCCUCACUGCAGCUGCCUGGGGUCAUGCAAAAUGCGCUUGCGUACUUCUUGCGAAGAUAGUUCGUUAUCGCUCUGUCAAUGCAACAAUGUUUAUCGGCGCCCCUUUAUACGAGAGAGCUACCAAAGAACUCGAUGCACAAUUUAUACCAGAGGUUGAAGACGAUAUGCGAAGACUCAUAAGGGUCGUACCGUUGGAAAUUGGGCCCAAUGCUUUUGAGAACAGUCUACUCAAUGCGAACUUCAUGAAGGAAUAUGAGAAACUCCUCAACAGCAAGCGUGUACCUUUCAGAAAUGAAUUGCCAAUGGAUAUGGUUGAACCAGGACCACCUCAACUUGUGAUACUAGACUUUUUCUUGCAUGAAAUCCUGAAGAAUAUUAGGGGUGUCAGUGGAUAUACUGUUCCUGUUUACGCCUUACAGUCGGCAUCAGUUGCAGCAGUGCUUUUCAUGUUUGGACCCCCAGAGAUUGGAGGCGUUUACAGCAAUAUGGAAGAAGAGCUCAAUGCGAUCCCUCGCACAGACCCAAACAUAAUUAAGAAGUCGAGCGGUAGACUGAUCAAAAUUCCUGGGCUCCCUCCUAUGUACGACCACGAGCGUGCGCCCCAAAAUUUCAUCUUUCCUGAAAAUGCGGCGCCAAUACUUGCUAAAGCAUACAAGUUUUUCAUGGAGUGUGAUGGAGCAGUCAUGAAUACGGAUCCAAUGUUUGAAGCGCCGUCUAUUAAGGUAUUUGAAGAAUGGUUCAGUGGCAGACCCGUCAUUAGCGUUGGACCGAUUGAUUUUCCUCUCAUUCCGCGACGCGAAGUAGAGUCACAGACGAGUCUAGAAGUUAGGGCCUUCCUCGAUUCCGCGUUGCACAAAUAUGGCUCAAGAUCUGUCGUAUAUGUAUCAUUCGGUUCUAUAUUCUGGCCAUCCGAAAUUGACAAGUUACGGGCGGUCUUUGAAGUUCUGAUUGAAGAGCGUGUACCCUUCAUAUUCGCUCACGCGUCACCAUUUGGAGCGAUACCGGAUGACAUGAAGGAGCGAAUCGAGACGUCUGGCCUCGCAUAUUCAUCUAACUGGCUUCCUCAAACGACAAUACUAAACCAUGAAGCCUGUGGUUGGUUCGUUACUCACUGCGGACAUAACUCGGUUACCGAGGCACUUUCAGCAGGCAUACCGUUAGUAUGCUGGCCCUUUGACGCAGACCAGCCAAUGAACGCUGCAAAUAUCGCCACCGUACACAAUCUAGGUUACGAGUUGUUUGAGGUUCGAAGUGGAAUAGGGCUACUUCCUAUCCACCGUCUUGGUGGCAAGACUCCAGAAGCCAGCAUUGAAUCGGUUAAACGUGAAUUUUCUGGAACGCUUCAAAAGAUGAGAGGACAGGACGGGGCGGUGAAGCGCGCGAACGCUCAGAAGUUCCGAGACGGAUUCGCUAAGUUAUGGGCUCCAGGAGGCGAGAACUGGGAUGGAAUCAAGAAGAUAACAGAUAUCUUGCAGUAG